AUGAACAACCUUGUCUUGAAUUCCGAGUAUAUGAGCGACUACCAUCAACACUAUCAUAAAAUGACGACGGAUCAGCCCAUCAUGUAUCAUCCAGGCUCUCCUUCGUUUUACAUGCAUCCAAUGACGACGACAACCGCUACUUCGUCGCCCCAGUCUAUUGCCACUGCCCAUACUGGUGCAGCGGGACCAAUGUACUACGAUCAAGCGGUGAUGGGAAGUCCAGACUCGUUCAUGUCCGGCAUGUCACCAUCGACCCCGCCGUCAUCGAUGCAACCGUCGUCAUCCGCCUUAUCGCACAAGCCUGCCGAACCCCCCAUGCUGGUGGCUUCGUCUUCGUCGUCGACGACUGCCUCUUCAUCAUCGUCCUCGGCGUACUUGAAUCAGACCAUUGCCAAAGCGGCAUCGCUUCCGGAAUCAUUUUAUCCCGAGUUCUUGCAGUACUCAAAAGAGUCGUUCGAGCAGCCCCAAUGUUCCGUGCAGAAUCGUAAAAAGCGACGCUGUAUGGAAGAAGGAGAUGGUUCCGAGUCGCCUCGGUCCGAUGAAGACUCACAGCAGCAGCUUGAGCACGCAGUAGAUCAACAUGAACAGCAUCAACAAGCUGUUAUUGAUGACGAGGCAGCUGCUCAGGGCAACAUGUCAACUGCCGAGAUGCGACGACAGAUUCACAUCCAAUCUGAACAGAAACGCCGUGCCCAAAUCAAAGACGGCUUUGAGGAUUUGCGAAACGAACUUCCUGCUUGUCUCAACAAGAAGAUGAGCAAAGUAGCGUUAUUGCAUCGCACUGUCCAACACAUCCAGCAUCUCAAGAGCACGCAGAUGACCAUCUUGGCCGAGCUUGAGCGAUUAGUGCACGAGAAUGAGCAACUGCGCAAGUUUCAAGAAAGCGUGUUGCAAAAGCAGGCCUUGGAGAACAUGAACAUGUACUCCUCCAUGGGCAAUAUGUAA